AUGGCCGGCAGCCCGGGCUGCGGGGCCUCCUUGGAGGGUAUAUCCUUGGGCUCCUCUGAGGAAGCCGAGCUCCGGAGGGAAGCCAUGCAGCAAGUCCUGGACAACCUGGGAUCCCUCCCCAAUGCCACAGGGGCAGCCGAACUGGACCUGAUCUUCCUUCGAGGCAUUAUGGAAAGUCCUAUAGUGAGAUCCCUGGCCAAGGCCCAUGAGCGGCUGGAGGAGACGAAGCUGGAGGCCGUGCGGGACAACAACCUGGAACUGGUGCAGGAGAUCCUGCGGGACCUGGCGCAGCUGGCCGAGCAGAGCAGCACGGCGGCUGAGCUGGCCCGCAUCCUCCAGGAGCCCCACUUCCAGUCCCUCCUGGAGACGCACGACUCUGUGGCCUCAAAGACCUAUGAGACACCACCCCCCAGCCCCGGCCUGGACCCCACGUUCAGCAACCAGCCCGUGCCUCCUGAUGCGGUACGCAUGGUGGGCAUCCGCAAGACGGCUGGAGAGCAUCUGGGCGUGACAUUCCGCGUGGAGGGUGGCGAGUUGGUGAUCGCACGCAUUCUGCACGGGGGCAUGGUGGCUCAGCAAGGCUUACUGCAUGUGGGCGACAUCAUCAAGGAGGUGAACGGGCAGCCGGUGGGCAGCGACCCCCGCGCGCUGCAGGAGCUCCUGCGCAACACCAGCGGCAGCGUUAUCCUCAAGAUCCUGCCCAGCUACCAGGAGCCCCACCUGCCCCGCCAGGUAUUUGUGAAAUGCCACUUUGACUAUGACCCAGCCAGAGACAGCCUUAUCCCCUGCAAGGAAGCCGGCCUGCACUUCAGUGCUGGGGACCUGCUUCAGAUUGUAAACCAGGACGACGCCAACUGGUGGCAGGCGUGCCACGUAGAAGGGGGCAGCGCUGGGCUCAUCCCCAGUCAGCUACUGGAGGAGAAGCGGAAAGCCUUUGUCAAGCGGGACCUGGAGCUGACACCCACCUCAGGGGCCCUGUGCGGCAGUAUUUCAGGAAAGAAAAAGAAGCGAAUGAUGUAUUUGACCACCAAGAAUGCAGAGUUUGACCGCCACGAGUUGCUCAUUUAUGAGGAGGUGGCCCGCAUGCCCCCCUUCCGCCGGAAAACCCUGGUGCUGAUCGGGGCUCAGGGUGUGGGCCGGCGCAGCCUGAAGAACAAACUCAUCAUG